AUGGGCAAAGCUGAAGAGGGGGUCACCUCCCAGGAGCUGCUGAGCGAGCGUCUCCCUUUGCUGUGCCAAGAAGCAGCCCCCAGCCCCACCCACCUGAGCCAGGAGGAGGUGGUGCGCCAGGCCAGCAUGGCCCCCUGGCCCCGGCUCCGAAGCGCCCUGCUCUGCCUCCUGGUGGGGCUCUUUGCCUGCAUGCUGGCCAUGGCCGUCCUGCUCCUGGUGAAGAUGCUGCAGCUGCGCUCCGCCCUGCCCUGGUGGCAGAAGGCCGCUUUCUACCAGCUGCCAGUCACCUCCUUCCGUGAUUCCAAUGGCGACGGGAGGGGAGACCUGGAAGGUGUAAGGCAUCAGGUAGACCAGCUGCCGGAUUUGUCUAUCCAGGCCUUGGUUCUGGGUCCAAUUCUGGAGGGUGGCAGAGACAACCUGACCAGGGUUUGCUCUUCCUAUGGUUCUCUGGAACAGCUGCAGGCACUGGUGGCCCACGGGCAUGAGAAAGGGAUCCACAUCCUUCUUGAACUCCCAGCUUGGGAAGAGGGGCCAGAUCCAGCCACGGAUGACCACAACAGGACGGCCCAAGCCUUCCAGGGGGUGAUGCAGUUCUGGCAGGAGCAAGGCGUGGACGGAUUCCUGGUGGCCAAGGACCCUGCCUGGCGCCUGGAUGUGGUGUUGAAUGCCUGGAGUGAACUGGACCAACAGACACAGAGAGAUCACAGAGAGGCCAGGGUCCUGAUGAUCUGGGACCAGAGUGGAACCUGCAAUGUGUCUCACUGGAUGUCUAGACAGGUCAUUUUCGCCUGCCACCUGCUGGGAGCUGAGAAGAACCUAACUGCCCAGGAUCUGGCCCAGCGGGUGGAUGGGGCCGUGCGGCACGCAAGGGGGCCAUGGCCCAGCUGGACGGUGCCCAAGGGGCUCCCAUCGAUUGCUGAUUUGGGGCAGAUACUUGGGGUUCUCCUGUUCACCCUUCCAGGGGUGCCGCUGUUGCAAGGCGGAGAGGGAUCCCCCAUUCCACUGGACAAGGAGAUGAUGGAAAAUGGCAGCAGCGGGCACCCGCAAGCCAAGCUGUACCGCUCCCUGCUGGCUCUGCGGGCCAAGUCGUCCCCCUUGCAGGGCAGGGACUUUGCCCCUCUGCCCCUGGCUGACCACUGCCAGGAGGACACCUUUGCCUUCCUGCGCCCCGGCUCCUGCGCUGGCCACCUGGUGAUCCUGAACCUGGGCUCACAACCCUGCCUGCUCGACCUGAGAUACCGCGGCUUCCCAAGCCGUGCCCAGGUGCUGUUCAGCACCCACCCCGAGCCGCCGCAGAGUGACAUCGACAUGGAGAGAGUCCAGCUGGUGCCCCGCCAGGCCAUCCUUCUGAGGGUGCCCAGAGGCUAUAGGCAGUGA